AAAAGAUGAAUUAAAUCGAAGGCUUAGUUCAGAAAUGCAGAGAAUGAAGAAGAAGCUAAUGGUGUCACCAUUCACACUCUCCUCACUCCUCCGCCGCGAAAAAGACCCAAAGCUAGCUCUUCAACUCUUCCUCAACCCUAACCCGCAUCACUCAAAUGCCAAACCAUUUCGUCACUCUCUCCUCUCCUACGAUCUCAUCAUCUCCAAACUCGGCAGAGCCAAAAUGUUCUCCGAAAUGGAAAUUGUCAUGGAAAACUUGAAGAAAGACACCCGAAUUAGUCCAGAAGAAAUAAUUUUCUGCAACAUUAUGACGUUCUACGCCCGAUCGCGCUUGCCCAGUAAGGCCCUCCACCUGUUCGACGAAAUUCCCUCAUAUCGAUGCCGAAGGACUGUGAAAUCAGUGAACACGUUGCUGAACGGGCUCCUUGUAUGUCACGAAUUCGAUAAGAUGAUGGAGGUUUAUGACCGGAUUGAGGAUUACGGGAGCCCUGAUGCUUGUACGUACAACAUUCUGAUAAAUGCAUUUUGUGUGAUGGUUGAUUUGGUGAGCGCGCGGAAGGUGUUUGAUGAAAUGCUGAGGAGAGGGGUUGAGCCUAAUGUGGUGACAUUUGGGACUUUGAUUAACGGGCUUUGCGCGAAUUCGGAGCUGGAUGCGGCUUUCAGUUUGAAGAGAAGGAUGGAGAGGGAUUUCAAAAUCAGACCUAAUGCACAUAUCUAUAUAGCUUUGAUGAAGGGGCUUUGUAGGGUAUUUCGAUUGGAUGAGGCCAUUAGGUUGAAGGGUGAGAUGUUGAGAAAGAAGGUGGAAUUGGUUCCUGCGGUUUAUUCUACAUUGAUCAGUGCGUCUUUCAAGGCUAAUCGAAAGGGGGAGGUUUCUGGAUUGUUGGAGGAGAUGAGGGGAAACGGGUGUAAGCCCGAUACAAUAACUUACAACGCAAUGAUACAUGGAUAUUGUAAGGAGAAUGAGUUUGGGUUGGCUUUUGGGGCUUUAAGUGAGAUGGAGAAAGACGGCUGCAAGCCGGAUGUCAUUAGUUUUAAUGUGAUUAUUGGUGGGCUGUGUAGGGAGAGGAAAGAGGGUGAAGCCUAUGAUUUGUUGGAAGAUAUGCCACGGCGGGGAUGUGCCCCGGAUGUGGUAGCUUACAGGACAGUUUUUGAUGGUUUUUGUGAUGUAAAGCAGUUCAAAGAAGCAGCAAGCAUAUUGGAUGAGAUGAGUUUUAUGGGAUAUGCUCAUCAUACGUCUAGUGUAAGCAAAUGCGUGGAUGCAUUGUUGAUAGAGGAGAAUAAAGAGUUACUAUUAACAUACGUGUUUAUGUUGGUGAAGAGAAACUCCCUUGAUAGAUAUAUAUGGAAACUUGUUACUUGUUUGCUCUUUAAAGACAGCAGUUUAGAUGUUCAAGAACUGUUUGAUGGGUUGAUAAAUAGUCAUUUUCUUCCAAUGGGCUAGAGAUGCUUCGUGGCUGGUUUUUUCUUGUGCACUCAAGAAAUGGCCAGGAGUUCCGCAACAAUUGGUUGAGAUGCGCACUCUUGGUUACUGUGGCUUAAAUGAUGAGUGCUUCUAAAUGAAAUGGUUAUUCAGUGCUGUGAUCCAAAGGAAUGUACUUGAACAAUGAAAGUUCUGAACUUGAAAUUAGCCUAAGGAGUUAUAGAUAUUGAUAAUACGAGUAAUAGUUCGCAUUUUUACUAUUACUAUCUUGAUUUACUUAGAUAUCCAAUAUUUGUUUCUUGUUCUUAAUAACAACCUCCUACUAGGAUCACCUCUGGAGCUUCCAAUUAGCACGGGGUAAUGUUAUUACACUGAAUGUUUUUCACUAGUAUCUGUUAGACCAUUAUUCUGUUAUGCUGCCAUAUUAGAAAUAUUUGGAACAAUAUAUAUCAAAUCUCUUGUUCUCUUGUCCAUAAUUUUUCAGGCAGAAAAGGGCUUACGAAGCAAAAUAGAGAUUUAAAUGAUGCAAGAUGGAACUUCCUAGGGACAUGUUAAUGAAAAAUGCCUGACUUACAAGUGGAUGGUUUGCACCUCAGCUAAAGUUUCCAAGCAACACAAAGACAGGUCAGUUUUUUAUCGCUUGUCAGAUUUUACAUGAACUACUAUCCUGACUUAUUUACUUUCCUUCCCAAACAUGAAAAGCCAGCCAUCUUGUGCACCUUCUUUGAUGAAGUGAGAUUUGAUUGUUCUCUUUGUUUACUGAUUAUGUUAAUUCUUUAACCAACUCUCUGUUCAUGUGAUCAAACUAUAACUUCAGGCUUAGUCGGUGACCUUGACCUCAUGACAACUAUACGAUCACUAUCAUUAUCAAGUACUCAAGUAAGUAGAAAUAUAUUGCCAUGAAAAUAAAAAUAACAUCUAACAAUGGAUGAUGCCAACAGUUGGCCACUUAUUUGUAGAACCUGAUAUAAGGAUUUAGGCUUGAUUAGUUGAUUAGCAACAUGAUCUGAUCAGCAGCAUAUAGACGUCAUUCCGCAUUCGUCUAUUUUAUGGAGUGCAUACUAUUUUAGGCACUGUAGUCUUAUUGUUCAACAAUAAUAUGUAUCAAAACUGAUUCACCUCCCACUGCACCUUUACAUGUUUUUCUUCAUUGGUUCACAUCUGUGAUUACUAGAUUGCUAGUUUAUUCUCCCAGGUUCACUCUUUAUGUUGAAACUCGUUUUAUGGGCAAGGCUGUCGCUCUUUUGCUCGUAACUAGAGAUUAAGUCUAUAUUGGUUGUAACUUGUAAGACUACUUGACUAUAAAACCUCGACUCAUCCAUGUCAUGUUGCAGAAUAUGAGAAUAUACCCUUGGUAUGGCCACACCCUUGGACGAUGACACGUCUGCUGAAGGCAUUCCACCUAUUCAUACUCCGUCAUUUGAAUAAUGGAUUUCAACCAAAUUUCUGUAUUCAAAGUUUUGGGGGUUGGUUGGAAGCUCUUUCCUCGUUUACUAAUUAUGCUUUUCUUUUCAGUUGUUGUCCCUGUCUUGUUCUGCCUACCUUAACUUCUGUUUGCAUGCAGAAACAGACAAUUCAUUUUGCUUACUAAACUUCCUUUGGAAACAGAGUUUGUGUGUUGAUUCAUUAAGUUAGGAGGAAAGUUGGAAGUGGGACAUUUUGGAGGGUGGUCUUGCACUAAGAUUGGCACUUAGAAACUUGAGUUUUUUUUUGUAGUUUGCGUGCAAACAAUUGAGUGAAAUAACUGUUGAUGAAAUGUGAUGUGCUCUUAUUA